CUCGGCGGAGGGUGAGGCGAGUAUAGAGGCCGUCUGGUGUGGGCGUGAAUCAUGCCAUAGAGGCCGUGGUGGGUCUGCUACACCAUGCCUGAAGGGGGCAGUAGCUGUCACCUGUGUCAUAUCCACGACCACGUCCCGAGCUCCAGCCUACUGAGGACACAUCCCCUCCGAACCUCGCACACCCGUCAUCGUAACCCAAGCAGGUCCUCCAUCACCUCCAUAGCUCACACACACAACCAUUCCCAGCCCCAUCAUUCCCGAGAAGGUUCCCACCACCACUCCUCUCGUGAAGGCUCCCAUCACUCACACUCCCAUCACUCCUCUCGUGAAGGCUCCCAUCCCUCACGGGACCACCCCAUCGCCCAUCACUCCAGAGACCCAGAUCCUCACCUUCACCACCAUCAUUCACGUGACUCAGUAGCGAGGGAGAGUGUGAGAGAUGUGGAUGUCAAGCAAACCAAAGUGGCGAGCACCCUGGCCAAGCUUAGCGAGCGGUCACAUUCACUCUCAGGCAGCCGAGGUGGCACACUGUCUCGCGGGGGAGUUAACGAGGUCUCCAUUCUCCCUGACGUCGACAGACACAGCCAUCACCACCACCAUGACGGACACAGUUCAACCAGGUCACGCGCCGAGUAUAAUGGGGUGUUGGCUGCCCUUCUGGAGACUCGCGCUGCCAGUCUACCCAGCAACCACGGCUCGAUAAACAGGGAGCCAGACCUCUUAACAGCCCUCCCUCGCACUCACUCCCACAGCAGGUCGAGUACACUGUCCAGAGCCAAGGACCCACACGGCAGUAACCUAACUCUGGCCCAGGACACUGAACAAGAUUACUAUAUGCACGUUCACCGAGCCAGGUACAAGGAUGAGGCCAGGAAGCAGAGAUUCAACCUCCAGACUGUUAUGCUUAUUGGCUGCUACACUUUACUGUUUGUGGUCGCAAUAAUCAUCGGUGUGGUGUUAUGUCAACAAAAUGGGUGGCUGGGGUUCGGACACAGCACGGCGGAGGAGUCAACGGGCAAGGAGAACAAAGCGAAGCAGAACAAUAUCAACAACCUCUCCAACCUGAGGGACCUAGAUCGACCAACUCGUGGCAGAGGUUCAGGUAACCGCGGCAGCCGUCCAGGACCUACCAUAGACUACGACUACCCUGACGACGGGCCGCCACCGCGCAUCACUUCAACCGGGAACAUCCCUGGCGGGGUGGGCGUCCCACUACCCGGCCAACCUGGUGGUAUCGACCCCCUGCGGACUGUAAACUUUGUGCCCUUAGACCAGACUAAUCCUGAGGUCAGUGGCUCUCCUCAACGUCCUUCUGUUGGACAAGGAAGACCAGGGGCGGGACAAGGCAGGCCAGGGAUGGGACAAGGCAGGCCAGGGGUGGGACAAGGCAGGCCAGGGGUGGGACAAGGCGGACCAGGGGCGGGACAAGGCAGGCCAGGGGCGGGACAAGACAGGCCAGGGCAGUACAGCCACAGGUACUGGUGGAAGUGGCAAAAAGCCGACAGCUCACCUGAUGUUUCAAGCCUGCCCAUGAGAGACCAGGACCAGCUAGGACAAAACAUUAAUGGCGGACAGUCCCCAGGCCAGAAAUCGCUUUCCAUACCCUUUGGGUCACCUAAUGGACCAAAGCAGUUUUAA